CAAAGGCGUGCCGUAAUGGCGUCUUGGUUGUCCCUGAGUGCCUUAGUUAUUAGUCUUCCAUAGGCAGAAAAUGGCUCGUAAGCGUGGAUUGGAAAAAGAGCGUAAAUUUGAGAAAAUAAAGUAUACAUUUUCAAAAUCUGAUAGUUAUGAUGGUGACGAAGAUGAUCAAAUAACUAAUUUUGAAAAUUUAAUCGAGGAUAUCGAUAGAAAGUUUAGAUUUAGAAAAAAUGCUAAUAACAUUCCGAAAAAAGUGGCGCCCUGCGAACAGAGGAAAAGACAUUCUCAACUAUUACUAAAGGAUAAAGAGACUAAAAUGGAUCGAUUUACCAAGAAUUUUCGAGAUAGACCUACUGAACUCCCACCCCUUCCACCUCAUAAUGGAAGCCUAAAGGAGACUUGUUUCGAUAGGUCUAAACUACCACCACCUCCUCCCCCACCACCUCCUUGUCCUCCCAAUCCGUCUACUUCAGCUGUUUUUAACAGUCCGUCUCAACCACGACUAUCACAAGAGAUUGCUGUAUUUCAAAGGGAUUCAUUCUCAGAUGACGAAUUCGAAGAGGACGAGGUCGUUAUGUGUUUUGAUGAAGAGGAAGGAGAUUUAAAAGUUUUUGAAGAAUUCCCUGGAGAGGAUUACUCCAAGUACCUCGCAGACGAAGAGAUAUCGACAGAAAAUGAGAUCAAGGACAAAAAGAAAAAAAGAAAAAAGAAGAGGAGAUUAAAAUUAGGUAGUUUGGGUCAAAAGAAGAAGGUUAUUCCCCCACCCCCUUCAAAGGAAGAAAUUGAAAGAUGUCAUACCGAUUCAGAAGUUACAAGAACUCGAAGAUUUAAACAAAGAAUAACUCAACUAGUAGCCUGGUCCCUUACUGAUAAAAAACAAGAAGCUAGACACAAGUUAUCACUUCAAAAAUUUACUUUUGCCGAUAGUAAAGCUGGACAAACCGACGAUUCAGACGAUGAAAAUCGUCGACAUAGCGGAAAAUGGUGGCAUAAAGAGACUCUUGCGGCUGAAUCUCUAGAAAAUCACCCUGAGGUAUUACUAAAAGAGAGAAAAGAAAACGAGGUUCAAAGAAUUAGACCAAAAUUACCUGCUCCUCCUCCCCCUCCAAUGAGAGAUGUGGCGCAAAACAACUUUGAAUCGAAAAGGAGGCAUACCCUAUUAAACGAAGAACUAAAUCAUAUUCCACAAAAGAAUGCGAAAGAUACGCUUGUACGACGUUUAGUAAAGAAAUUUCGCAAAAGUUUACUGGAAAAGGAAGCGAAUUUAACAAUAAAUCCUCUAAAUAAUCUUUCACCAAGCGAAUAUGGUGAUAUUGCCUUAUAAACACAAUAUACGAUAUAUACUCUAAUAGAACAAGACAGAUUACAUUUAAUCGUUUGUAGUUUAUACAGCUGAGUGUAAUAUCUUGCUAUUUGCAGGAAUAUGUGAGACUAUGCCGAAAUACCAUUUGACUUUUGUUAACAUUUCAACAAUUUACAAUUUAACUUUUAUAUUAUAUUUUUGAUACUAUAAAGCGUUGUUGUGUUGGAGAAUGAGGAGGAAGAGGAGAAGAAGAGAAGCGGGAGGAAGAAGGAAACGAUAACGAAUAAAAGUUGGAGGAAGACAAGAAUCUCUUGUUUGAUUGUUUUUCUUUCACAUAAAGAAAGAAAGGGUUGCUCAACAAAAAAUCCACUAAUUAAAUUAUUUCUAUACGAAAGAGUUCCUGUAUUUUUCUUUUGUGUUUGUUUAUUUGAAGGUUUUUAAAUAGCAAUUUGUUAAACAUAUGAUUUAGAAUUAGAUAAAUGAAUUCUUGCUUUGAUCUUAA